AUGAGCUACACUAUUAAAGGGCAGCAGUUUCGGAUGGUUGUUUAUAAUGCUGCGGCAUGUGGAAAGCUUCAAAGAAUAAAGAUCUUCGUGGAACCAAAUAAAGAUGACCCUAAAUGGUUGAACGAUCUUUUAAAUGAUGAUUUUGUUCCCACUUUCCCUUUAGUUAUUGCCGCAAGAAAUGGUCACAUUGAUGUUGUUCGAUACUUUUUGUCACUAGGAGCAAGCACGUCUGUUCAAGGAUGUGUGGAAUUUGAUAACGACGAUAUUUUGGGAGCUCCGCCAUUAUGGGCCGCCGCAGCAGCAGGAUAUUUCGAUGUAGUGAAAGUUUUGGUUGAAGAAGCAAAUGCUGAUGUGAACCAAACCACACAAACCGAAAGCACUCCUCUUCGUGGUGCCUGCUAUGACGGGCAUUUAGAAAUCGUAAAAUACUUAUUGGACCAUGGAGCUGACAUCAAUAAACCUAAUAAGCAUGGACAUACAUCAUUAAUGAUAGCUGCUUAUCGUCAAAAAGUCGACGUUGUUCGAUUACUUUUGGAAAGAGGUGCAGAUGUUGAUGUACAGACUACGAGGGGAAAUUCUGCGCUCCACGAUGCUGCUGAAAGUGGAAACGUGGAGAUUGUGAAGCUACUACUAGAACGUGGUGCAAAAAUCCGUAAAGAUUCACAAGGAGUUUGUCCACUAUUAUGCGCUGCUGCUAGUGGACAUCAAGAAGUCGUUGAAAUUCUUGAACAAAUAACCACCAAUAAUUUGCUUAGAAGAGAUGCUUAUAAACUACUUGGAUGCACUUUCGUCGAUAAGAAAAUGGACAAUUACUUAGCUUUGUCAUUUUGGAGAACGUCUGUUGAUAUAGAAUUAACACAUGAAGAAUGGCAAGAGAUUUCCGCAUGGGAAGCGACUACUGAACCGCUGGACGUAUAUGACUAUUCUCGUGAAUUUCACCGAUGUGGCGAAUUGAUGGCUAUAGAAGGGAAUCUAGAAGCACUCAGAAUGCAGUCACUGGUGAUUCGCGAACGAAUUUUGGGAGAAGCGCAUCCUGAUGUUCAUUACUAUUUGCGAUUUCGAGGUGCUGUUUGCUGUGACCUUGGUCAGAUGGAUAAAUGUUACACGCUGUGGAAACGGGCGCUUGAAAUGCAGCAGAAACAUUUUCAGCCGUUUCACGGUGCCACGGUUACGACGUUGAUGUCCUUUCAGGAGACCUUUGGAUUGGCAUUAAAUGAUUAUGUAAAUGCUAUGCAUGCAGAUAGAUCUCUGCGUGUUAGUUCGUCAUGGAUCCAGUAUGUUUUUGAAAGGAUUUGCAUCGAAUUGGAACGAUUUUUCGUGUACGACAAACCUCUGUACGAUGAGUCUUGUGGAUCAGAAAAAUGCAGUUCAGAAUCGAUUGAAAGUGAUAAGAAAAAAUUGUGCACGGUUGCCUUACAAUUAAUAAAUAUCAUGGAACGAAUAUCGCUGCCCUCGGCGAAUGGUGACGAUAUUGAUGAUAAAGGCGCUGAUCUUGAUAUUCAACGUUUGGUGAAUAUUUGCGAUAAAAUUCACGCCAGCCUUCUUCACUAUGCGCUUGAAGAAACUAGCGAUGAACAUGCAGCAGCUGAUUAUAUGAGCCUUCCAAAGGCUUCUGUUCUCAUGAAACUCAUUGAACAAAAUGUUGACACAUCAGCGGUUGACUCGAAUGGAAACUCUCCGAUUCACGUUCUACUCAAAUCAAAUUCAUUUAGGAGAAGCUUAAUUCGCAUAUUGCUUGAGCAUGGAGCAUUGCUAUUCGCUUGCAAUAAGAAGAAUGAGGUGGUUUACACCAAAUUACGCGAGGUAAUGAAAACUACCGAUAUCCCUCUUGGUCGAUUUAUCACUUUGAAAGGUCUUGCUGCACACGCGUUCAAACGAAAAUAUAACCAAAACUUGCCUGCCGACGAGUAUCCGGCUCAUUUACUGAAUUUUAUGGAAAAACACUAA